ACAGUUGACAUUAUUAUAUGCGUGUCAAUAAUCUAAAUUUCCCCCCAUUAAGCUUCUCACUCUAACGCUGCACUUCUCUCUCUCCUCCAUUGAAAUUUGAAAGUAUACUCUCAAUUCUCCAUUAAUAAUAAAGCCCUUCCGACCAACACUCGUCCAUGAAACAUCCUCUCAGUUUGUCAUGCUGGCUUAACUUUUGAGGCUUGUCCAUGGGAAAGAAACAUAGUGUUCGUUUUCAGAUUGGUCAGUUGGCUGAGGCCAGGACUUUUGUUAGUGGUUUUCGUGGUGCAUGGUUUCGGUGUAAGAUAAAGAAGAGUACCAGAAGAAAAGGUCGGAUUACAGCAUAUGUUGUAGAAUAUUAUGACUACCCAGAGGAAGCCGACGAAACGGUAGAACUAUAUCGCUUUCCCCCAGAGAACAGUACUGGACAUAAGGGAAAAAAAAGAGCUGAUGUUGCGCCCAGAAUUUCCAGCUUUUUAUCGCGAAAGUGAAUUAUCUGAUGUUAACAUAACUUCUGAAGUCGUGGUUGCAGUUGCUGAUGUUAGGAGAGUUGGGGAUUUGGUUGACUGGUUAGCUGAUGACUGUUACUGGUCAGGAACAAUAACUGAAAUCAUAGACAGUGACACAGUUCAGAUUAAAUUACUUGAGCCGCCCAGAGGUGAAGGAUCAUCUUAUACUGUCAAUUGCAAGGAUCUCCGCCCAUCACUGGAUUGGUCUCCUGAAUCUGGUUGGACAGUCCCUGCACCUUUGGAAACUCAAAACGGACAGUUGCAUGCCCGCUUGAUUCGGCCAUUGAAGCUAGCCCCGACUUCAAAAUGCUUGGUUGAUGUGCUGGAUGAAGACAAGCAGAAUUUCAAGGUCACACCAAGGUCCUCAUUGGAGCUUAAUCAGUCAAUCUCUUCUCAUACUUCAGCUAGCUCAUUGCCACAUCUAAACAGAUCAAUACACUCCAAGGAUUCAUUGAAGCAGAGCAAAGAUAUUCCUAAAAAAGCAAUGGAGCAAACACAUGAGGUAAAUGUGGAGUUGGAUAUAAGGGGGUCAACCAUUGGGAAGCAUAGUUGUUCAGAUGGUGUUUCCAGUACGUAUGUUCGAGAUGUUUCAGCUGAAGCCCCAGUAGCUACUUCUGACGAAGAACAGUAUCAUGAAAAAGGAUCUGCAAAGAAAAUGCGGUUGAAUGAGACAAUAACUCUAAAUUCUACUGGCUGUGAUAACAUGGAAUCAAUAAUCUUGGAUUUGGAAGAACUAGUAAACAGGGUCAAAUGGCUGAAACAGAUGCUGAUGUUUGGAAUUCCUUCAACUCCUCAGGGUCCAACAUGGGAACAUAUGGAACGCCCAGCAGUUUCUACUCGAAAAUGACCACUUAGACUUGAUUUUGGUGAGAUUCUCCAAGGGAAAUCAUUUAUUUCUUUUUGAAUUACUGCCGCUUGUCAUUUUGUUUCAUUGCUUGACAGUUUUCAAUUUGGUUCGUUGGAAUAACUAUUAACUACCUUGUUGUGCCGUUAUUAUGUCCAAUUGGGAAGGAGAGGAUGUAGGCAAGUGAUGUCAGAAUGACCUAGAAAAAUAUGUUGAUUUGCAGUAUUUUUUGAACUUGUCUACUCUUUUACUCUUUCAAGGGAAUAAAUUGGUUAUGCUAAUUUUGCUGUUUGCUUGGCAAAUUUGGGAAUGGGCUGCUUAUGUAAUUGGUGUAAAAUCAGUUUGUGAGAUAUAUGCCUUUAACUUCAAUGUGAAUGUUUGGGCUGGGAGAAGAUGGUAAUUCUUUUUUGUACUUUA